UUUUUAUUUCUUAUUUCAAAACAAUGUUAAAAUGACACUGACAAAGCAAACGUUUUUAAAAUAAUUUACUAUAGUAUUUUAUAGAGGGAAAAAUAUAUACAAAAGCCUACCAUGCACAAUCGAAGUGUUAUUUAACAUAAAAAGAAAACAGACAUUAAGCGAGCUAUGACUUGGGACUUGACAUUAGAUUUCGAAUACGUUGUUACCAAGAAGAAACCUCCAAGGAUAUGUUUCGGUACAGGGCUGGAUCGAGAAGUACUACCUAUGAAGGGUCCAGCGCUUAGCCCUUUCAUGCGGCGGAUGGCACAUGAACUUAGACCUAACUUGGGACCUGGCUCUUAUAACGACAAUCGUGAUGCGUUUUACGAUAUUAAUCACAGAAUUUAUAGCAAAUGUUACUACGGUCAAAAAUCACCAAGAUGGAAGGUGAGGCACGAGUAUCAACCGCCACCUCAGGAGCCGCCUCCGAAAAAACCAAUCCAUCAGAACUGUGCGGCUUUUAACUCCACUUCCAAGAGAAAGGCGCUGUUCAAGGCUAGCGACUGUCCUGCGCCCUGUGACUAUCUUCCCGAGUACCAAAAACAACAAAUGAAAUUUUCAUAUAGUUUUUCAGGGAAAAAAGUACUGAAAUGUGCCGUGCAGAUUAAAUGUGUUCCUUACAAUUUGGAUGCUUGCGGUUUUUGUGGUUGUUCUUGUUCGGAGCAAGGAGACUACUGGCAUUACGAAAAUAGAAUUUUCCUAUGUAGGAAACAUUACUCGAUAUUAUUCAAACACUGUCUUGCAAAAUUCCAAGGUGUUAAGUUAGCUGAAUUCAAGUCGGUGAGAGAUUGUUUCUUUGCCCAUGCACAUAAUAGCUGUAAAGCUGCUCUCAAAAUCAUGAAAAGUGAAGAAAUUGAAAAAAAAUUAAGAAAAGAAGCCUAUCUAGAUUUAUUUUUCCCCCAACGUAGAUUUUGUAACAAUUAAUUUGAAGUUUUUUAGAUAGAAUAUUAAAAAGAUUUUUAAAAACCUUUAAAAAUAGUUGUUGAUUUUAUUUACUAAAUAAAUAAUCAUUAGAAUCUGUGCAUUCAACAAA